UAGUGCGGAGGGUUUUGCCCUUCGUAAAGAUGGCCGCGGAGGCUUUUGGAGCCAACUGGGAGCGCAGUACGAGAUUUCUGGAGCAUGGGCAGAGAAGACAGGAACAAGCGUAGCAUUCGUGAGCACCGAUUGGCUGAAGCGAGCACCCCGGAGCUGACUGGCUCCGCCAUUCGCUGGAAGGAGUUUGUGGCGCCAGAGAAAAGUAGCCAGAGCGGCGCAGUGGCGGCCGCGUUCUGUGGUUUUCCGCUAUUCCCCCAGACCCGCACCUUCUCGGCCUCUUUGCGGAGAAUCGUGACCAAGAUGUGGAACAGUGGAUUCGAAAACUAUGGCAGCUCCUCAUACGGGGGAGCCGGCGGCUACACGCAGUCCCCGGGGGGCUUUGGAUCGCCUGCACCUUCUCAAGCCGAAAAGAAAUCAAGAGCCCGAGCCCAGCACAUUGUGCCCUGUACUAUAUCUCAGCUGCUUUCUGCCACUUUGGUUGAUGAAGUGUUCAGAAUUGGGAAUGUUGAGAUUUCACAGGUCACUAUUGUGGGGAUCAUCAGACAUGCAGAGAAGGCUCCAACCAACAUUGUUUACAAAAUAGAUGACAUGACAGCUGCACCCAUGGACGUUCGCCAGUGGGUUGACACAGAUGACACCAGCAGUGAAAACACUGUGGUUCCUCCAGAAACAUAUGUGAAAGUGGCAGGCCACCUGAGAUCUUUUCAGAACAAAAAGAGCCUGGUAGCCUUUAAGAUCAUGCCCCUGGAGGAUAUGAAUGAGUUCACCACACAUAUUCUGGAAGUGAUCAAUGCACACAUGGUACUAAGCAAAGCCAACAGCCAGCCCUCAGCAGGGAGAGCACCUAUCAGCAAUCCAGGAAUGAGUGAAGCAGGGAACUUUGGUGGGAAUAGCUUCAUGCCAGCAAAUGGCCUCACUGUGGCCCAAAACCAGGUGUUGAAUUUGAUUAAGGCUUGUCCAAGACCUGAAGGGUUGAACUUUCAGGAUCUCAAGAACCAGCUGAAACACAUGUCUGUAUCCUCAAUCAAGCAAGCUGUGGAUUUUCUGAGCAAUGAGGGGCACAUCUAUUCUACUGUGGAUGAUGACCAUUUUAAAUCCACAGAUGCAGAAUAACUGGAUCUAACUGGGUACCUGAGAUAUUUUACAGCUGGACCUAGUUUCACAAUCUGUUGUCUCCAGCUCUGCAUAUGUCUGGCCAGGGGGCUUCUAGGAAGUAGGUUUCAUCUAUCAAAGGUCUCCUCUGACUUCCUUUUGAAACUUACUGCUCUUCUGUUUUAUUUUGUUUUGUUUGAAGCUCAGAGGGAGAUGGGCAAUUGACAGGGAUGCAAUCCAGGGUGGGAUUUCUUGAGGAAGUUACAAAUAAGCUUGUUACAACAUCAAGAUAGAUGGAAUUGGAAGGAUGCUACCAGGAGAGUACUUACAUAGUGCUCAGGAGUUUCUCUUCUUAAAAUGUUUCCUGCUGAAAGAUGAGCAGGACCAGGGUGUUGUAGGCAGAACCCUAGCCGAGAAACCUGCUGGCCUCUGCCUGUUUUCAUUUCCCACUUUGGUUGUGUGGCAUUACUUUCAGAAUUGCACUUUCCUGCUUGUCAUGACUUUUUGACACACUUGCCAUGACGUGUGUUUCUGUGAACAUGAAGUUCUGCGGUAGUGCCUCCAGGGGCAGAGGAAAAGAAGAAGUGUUACUGCGUUUUGUACAAAAUAAAUACAUUCAUAUGUUUAAUAAAACAGUUCUAUUGUAGUAACUUGUAAAAA